AUGUUCAUUAAGGUCGCUCUUUUGGUGUUUUGUGUUGUUCAAGGUGAGGUCUUUUGAUGUUUGACGAUCGUAUGAUAAUCUUUGUUCAUUGGUUUAUAGUCUCAUUAAACUGCAAUGCCCGGUUUUAGCAGUGGACAGUCAGUUGGCGGCGGUUUACUCGAAUGUUUCGCGGACCUCGGAUUGUUCCAGUUGGAGUAGUUGGGGACCAUGUAUCUGGCCCGAUCCCAUCAAUCGAGUAGGUCCAGGAUGACGUAUUUUCGCCAACUUGAUGACCAGUAUCUUUUUAUUUUUAGAAGCCCUACAUGUCGCAGUUGACCCCGGUCUGUCGCAAUCAUUGGUUCUACAAGUUCAUCAACGCCAGGUAUCAGAGCGCUCUAAACAGCUUUUUCGAUUACUUUUUAUCUAUCAUGAAGGCCACAAAACCUUGUGGAUUCUGCUCCUACAGGCAGAGUUGUGGAUAUGGAGGAAAACAAAAGUGCAAUUUGUCACCAUUUGAGUAAGUAAAGUGCAGUUUGAGAAGUUUCAAUCUGUAGUUUAGUGUUAGGGUUACUGUAGACUUCUUAAAACCAUUUUCAGAGUUCCCGGUGGUCGGGCCAUUAUGCCAUUCUUUGUUUCGGAGAAGGUUUGUAAUCGUCGCGACCUCAGGGGCCAGGAUCAAAGUGAUGCUUGCACUGUGGAUUAUGAUUUGGUCAAGGAAAAUGGAGGGGAAUGUAAACUUUGGCCUUCGAAACAAGUGUCCCUAGAAGAAGUUGAAGCUCCUUUCCGGUCUCAAAUUGAGAAUCUUAGAUGGUACUCCUGUCUUCCACAAGUUGUGAAGUAAGCCCAUGACUAAACAUACCUUUGCUUAAACUUAAAUUACACUAGUGGCCAGUACUUUUCAGAGAUGAAAAACACGAAAAAGCGAAGCCGGAGAAGGUGUGCAGAUGUUGUUGUUUCCCCUUCCGUCCAAAUCCCGUCACCUUUAAAUGCGAACAUAUCCCGGGAUCACCUAGGGCGCCGGGAAUGGAAGAUCUUUAA